AUCCUGCAAGUCGGUAUGCUUUCCGAUCAACUUUCCCUCCCCCUCCUGUAAUCAUGCCACUCAAAUGGCUUUCAAUUUCAUGAUCUUGACGAUGAAUAACACGCAGUCGCAUUGCGCGACAACCCCCAUCUUCAGCCAUCGCCAUCCGGUAGGCCCCUCGGAUGACAUGACAGCACGAACUGACAUCGAGUUCUUCUUCAGAUGCGCCGAAAAGCUAAAAAAACCAACCCCAAUCCAGCGGGAUUGUUCUCACAUGGGCAUAUCCAGCAAAGUGAAAACAACUCCCAGCUUUUUCUUUCCUUCAUAUGGCACUUCGAUCAGCGCUCCAUCUCAGGAACCGGCAGCAUGUAUCUGCAACACACAUCCGAUCUCGUCACUCGCCUCCGACGACUUUCAGGCCUCUCUUGACGAAGGACAGCGACUACACUCGAAGUGCGCGACAGGCCUCCAACCUCAUAUCAGUACAAGUUGGACGCGUCGUAUGGUCAAUGAACCAGCAGUUUAUAUCUGCAAUGGACACGCGAUCUCGCAACUCGUACCCGACGACUCCCAAUCUCUGGACGACGUACAGCGACUGCCCUCGAAGAGCGCGACAAGGCCUCCAACCUCUUCAUAUUAA